AUGUCAGAAAAUGUCUCCAAGAUCCUGACUCGCAUCACCACCUAUGAUGGGUCUGCAGCAGACUUCUAUGAUCACGAAAUCUCUCUCAUCGAUACCACCCAGCCCGCCAAUGAACCCCAGUCACUUAGCGAGCCUCGAUCGGGCUCUCCAAGUUCGAGCACAAGGAGAUUGGCAAGAAAAGGAACGAGAGAACCCUUGAAGGAUCAUCUCAACCGACGGAAGUAUGCCAAAUAUCAACAGGACCGCUACCACUCCAAGACCAGCAGCGUUGUCACAGCCGAGGAACCCUCGUCGCAAUCAGCAUCAACUCAACAGUCGCAACAGGCCGAUACAGAGGCUGGAACACCGAAGGCGGACUUCGCGCACGCUGAAUCUGUCGAAAGAGGACGAAGGAGCGCAGGAAAGAGGAGGCGAGAGUCUAGAAAGCUUAAAGAGGAAAUCCACGAGAUCGACAUUCUCUAUGAAAAUCAGCGGGGGUGGUUCUUCUGCGGCAUCCCUCUUUAUUCGCAUUCAUCUCUCCUGCCGCCCGAUCCUAGUCCAUGGACGACCAAGGAUCUAAAGGAUUCAGCCGUCAACAUCACCAAUGCUCAGGUCCCUGACCCGACCUGGGAAUGGGCAUGGAACAACUGGUAUGUCGAUAUGAGCCACGAUGUGGACGAGCAAGGCUGGCAGUAUUCUUUUGCUUUUGGACAUAAUUGGACCUGGCAUGGUACGCAUCCUUGGUUCCACUCAUUUGUCCGACGGAGACGAUGGUUACGGAAAAGAGUGAAGCGUGAUGUGGAAGGCAGAUAUGGGGCCCCUGGAAGCAUGAGUGACGCCCACCAUCUGUCAGGCGAUUAUUUUACUAUCCAUUCAAAGCGAGAUCGUAGUCCGAUCAGUGCUGUUGACGGCGCCGGUAAAAUCGCCCGACCAUCAAGCUUCAUCAGCUUCCCAAGCACAAUUGAUCAGGAGGAAACGCCGGAAGAGAUCCAAGACAUUGCAACCUUGCUGAAGGCACUCAAGCUUGCCCCGAUUGAUCGAGAGAAGAUUGUCGUGGUCAAGAAAUUCGUCCAGCAAGGCAAAGAGGAGCUGGUCUACCUCAAAGACCAUAUCCCAGGUAUUAUGUCGUUUCUCGUGUUCCAGAAUUCCAGAAGGCAGCUUCUUUUGUAUCUUAAGAAGACGGCAAACGAAGCGCGCCAGCAUCGACAGAGCCACAAGGAAGAGAAUAAACCAGAAAGUGAUGCUGAAAGUCGAAGGAUCAACAAUCUUCUCGCUGCAGUCGAGGCUGCCAAUGCCCAAGUUGGAGCUCUUGAAUAUUGGAGCGACAGGAAGCAUGUGUUGAAGACCGACGAUGCCCGAAGUCUGGCCACACGACCAAUAGCCACCAUAUUUGAUCAACCAGCUCCGAAGCCCAAGACAGACGACGACCCCGUUGAAGAGAUCAAGGGGAUACCCGAAAAGGCUCACAUCGAGGAGGGAAACACGCAGUCCAUAUUCAAUUCCGAACAACGAUCGUCAAUUGAGCAGGAGCAGGAGCAGCAGCGGCAGCAGGACCAAGAGAAGGACAUAGAGGACAAGGGCAAAGGCCGGGCAUAUGAUGGCGAGGACGAUCAAGUGGAGCAGGACUCGACGCCACGAUUGGGAUCGGAUGAUGUUUAUGUUCCAGACCAAGACUAG